AUCAACAUAUUGCUGAGUGUGCUUGUUCUUGUUUUGGCUUCAUAAUUCCACAAAAGUCAAUUUUUUUACGCUCAAAAUUGUUUGCAACACAUUCGUUGUGAUUUUAUUAAACAAUUUAUACACAUAUCGACUAUAAAACAAUAAAAAGUCAAUCAAAAGCCAUUGGGUUCAACAUAAUUUGGUAAUUCAUUGAUAUUGUGAAAUUUAAGCGCAACUGUCAGGGCAACUGUAAUGGCAGCACAAAUAACUGGUGUGUUGGAGUCAUCUCUUCAACAAAAAAUUGGCGACAGCAAAAUUUUGGUUGUCGGUGCUGGUGGCAUUGGUUGUGAAGUGCUGAAAAAUUUGGUAAUGUCUGGAUUUUCCGACAUUGAAAUCAUCGAUUUGGAUACAAUUGAUGUGAGCAAUUUGAACCGUCAAUUUUUGUUCCACAAAGAGCAUGUUGGUAAAUCAAAAGCUGAAGUGGCACGAGAAAGUGCUUUGGCAUUCAAUCCAGAUGUCAAAAUCAAAGCAUACCAUGACGACAUUAUCACUACCAACUAUGGCGUCAGUUUCUUCCAAAAGUUCAAUUUGGUGUUGAACGCAUUGGACAAUCGUAAAGCACGCAAUCACGUCAAUCGAAUGUGUUUGACGGCAAAUGUUCCGCUCAUUGAAAGUGGCACCGCUGGCUAUGACGGUCAAGUGGAAUUGAUUAAAAAAGGAUCGACACAAUGCUAUGAAUGUACACCAAAACCAGCACAAAAAUCAUUCCCAGGCUGCACCAUUCGGAAUACACCAUCCGAGCCCAUUCACUGCAUCGUUUGGGCAAAACAUUUGUACAAUCAACUGUUUGGUGAACACAAUGAAGAUGAAGACGUUGCACCGGACCGGGAGGAUCCAGAAGCCGCUGGUGAAAAUGCAGGUGCCACUGCACUGGAAAAAGAAUCAAAAAGUGAUGGUAACGUGGAGCGUGUAAGCACCCGUCAAUGGGCUCAAGACACAAACUAUGAUGCGGAAAAGAUUUUCAACAAGCUAUUCUAUGAUGACAUCAAAUACUUGUUGAGCAUGUCCGAUUUGUGGAAGGAACGCACCCCACCAGUUCCAAUGCGAUAUGGUGCAUUUGGUGAUGACGAAAAGUCAUCCGAUGAAUCGAAUCUAACGGGAAGCAAUCGUGACCAGAAAGUUUGGUCGAUUCGUGAAUGUCAAAGUGUGUUCGCAACCAGUUUGUCGGAUUUGCAAAAGGAAUUCACAAAAUUGGCGGUCGAUGAUCAUUUGGUUUGGGACAAAGAUGAUAAGCCAGCCAUGGAUUUUGUGGCAGCUUGUGCCAAUGUUCGCGCCAAGAUUUUCAACAUUCCGCAAAAGAGCCGGUUUGAAAUCAAAUCAAUGGCUGGUAAUAUUAUUCCUGCGAUUGCCACAACAAAUGCAAUUACAGCCGGUCUUGUUGUGAUGCGUGCAUUCAACGUUUUAUUGGAACAAUAUGAACAGUGUCAAUCGGUUUAUGUUCGUCUACGUUUGAACCCACGCAAUCAAAUUUUCGUACCCGAUCGCCAAUUGAUGGCACCAAAUCCAAAAUGCAUUGUGUGCUCCGACAAGCCACAGGUUGUUGUGAAAAUCGACACAAAUCGCAUUACGGUGAAACAAUUCCGAGAUGAAGUUUUGGUAAAAGGUUUGAACAUGAUCGAACCGGAUGUUAUAACCGAAGGAAAGGGUUUAGUGCUGAUUUCGUCGGAAGAGGGCGAAACAGAUUGCAACAAUGAUAAGAAGUUGUGCGAAUUGGAAGUCGUUGAGGGUUGCAUUCUAAAGGUUGACGAUUUCGUGCAGCAGUACGAAUUGACGGUUAUCAUCUCUCAUAAGGAUGUAGAGCGUGAAGGCGAAUUGUUCGAAAUUGUUGCCGAUCCCGACUCUUUAAUACCAGAAAACCAAACUGAGGAAAAAGAAGAAGUCCCAGAAGACAAUGGUGAACCAAAAGCGAAAAAACGCCGCCAGGAACCGCAGGAAGAUAGCGAUGAUGACUUAUGUAUUAUCGAAGAUGGUGAAAACAACAAGAAUCCGCCGCCAACAACAUCAUCGGCUGGAUCGUCGUCAUUCGGCGGUCAAAGUUCACGGGAAAUCAGUCAACCGGCCACAUCAACUGUUAUUGAUGACGACGACGAUGACGUGUGCUUUGUUGAAGAUGAAAAAAUGGAAGAAGAUGUAGCCGGCCCAAGCACUUCCUCCAAAAAUCUCAAGCGCCCGCGCAUUGAACAAGAAGAUGAUGACCUCAUCCUAAUCGACAGUGAUUAGAACAACGCAAAAAGAAGACGGAAAUCUUUCAAAAAAUCCAUUAAAAUCUAUUACUAUUAUUCAUCAAUUUAAGAAGAAAAGAAAUACCCCACUACAGAACUCUAACUUUAUGUAAAAGCGCAAAAAACGCAUAUUCUCAUGUUCACACAAAUAUAUUGAAUAAAAAAUAAAUUCUCUUUAUUUCAAUAGUAAAA